AUGACUGCCGAGUACAAGAUUCACAGGCCAUUCGUUUUGGCGACGCUGCCACGGCCUUUAGAUCAUACCAAAGGCAACAUCAAUGCUAGGGAAGUCUAUGGCCAAAAAGAUGGCUUUAAGAAGAGAAAGAGGACCGAGCUAGUCGUCGGUAUCGAUGGGGAGAAUGCAAGCAUCUAUGAUGUCCCAACCUCGAGGCAAAUCACUUCAUACCCGAUCCCGCCCCAAGAGUCCUUCACCUGCGCGCCAUACUCGGUACGAAUCCGCACUUCAGAGACCAGCGAUGUCUCAAGAUACACAUAUGCCGUCAUGAGCGACAAGGCGACGCAGAAAAUUACACUAUUCAAGGAUGUAGUGAGCCUCGACGGCAAAACCGUCUCUACGACAGCCUCGCAAACUCUCAAAACCUCUCCCGUCAAGCACAUUACUUGCACCUCGCUCCCUUCCACAGAUUCUAAGAUCGGCGAUGUGAUUCUUGUGUGUGAGGGCGGGGAAGUUCUUUCCGUCUCUGGCGAGACUUUGUCUACAAACUGGAUGGCCGCUGCCAAGUCUUCUCUUCAAGACGUUAUUGCUACUAAGAUAGAUGGGCUCGAGAUUGAAUACGUUGCGUCAGGUUGCAUGAGCGAAUUCGCAGACAAUAUGCUCAAGAACAAACCCGAAGUGUUUAGCGCGCUUCCCAAAUCAACUGACACUGCGGAGCCGGAGCUUGUUGCGCUUGUCGCGAAGAGCACUACCAAGCAGCAGACCAGUAGACACCUUAUCGUGCUGGCAGCUAUGGGCAGCUCGACAGUCAAUACAGACAUGCAGAAACUGGUGCCGCUAGAUAUUUCGCCCAUUCCGUCUGCCAUCUCCCAAGGCGAUGCGGCCGUGUUUCAGAUUGACAUUCAGUCCGCUGGUCUAUUCCAGCUCCAAAACGGCAUUCUCACCAUCUUCGAUCUUUCGAGUGCGAUUCCGAAACUCAAGUCCACCUUUCAGACCGACGGUGCUACAACCUUUACUAAGCUGUCGCGGCCAUUUGUUCUCUCAUCGUCCUUAAAGACCAUCACGCUAUUCAACUACCAUUACAGGUCAAUACACGCCAAGAUCGCACUCGAUCUUUCCGAACUGCCAGCCGAGAGCCAAAAUCCGCGUUCAUGUCGAUUCCUGAGCUACGUUCGUAGCCAAGAUAUUGCCGUGGCGCUGAUUGACAAUGUGCUGGUAUCUAUCCACGUUGAGCCACCUAGCCGCCACGGCAAGCGACGCAAAGAGGGUCUGCUGAUUGACUCCAUUGGCCGCGGCACCACCCUCGAGGUUGCACCUAAGCGUGCAAAACAUUCCACCCCUGCCGAAUUCUCUUGCCAAGUCCCCGGCACCAUGACCGAGUCUUAUCUAGCUGAAUUCGGAGCGGAGGUGCGGGCAGCAGACGAACUGCUAGCGAACAGCGAACUGGACAAGUGGGAAGAGCUCUUGCGCGAGAAAUUCCACAUGAAUUAUUCCGAUGAGCAGAGCGUGGCUUCAGAAGUAAACGAAGGUGGCGAAUGGCGUUGGCAUCGCGACGGCAGUAAAUAUGCCGCUGUUGACAGGCGGUGGGUCAUUUAUGCUCUCAGCCAAGUCUUUUCAGUCGAGGCAGGCAGCUCAGACGACAUUGAUAUGCACCUCAGACUCGUGCUUCCCGACAGCAAUGUCAUGACAUAUCUAGCUGUUGCUGGCCACAUGACGAUUUCCAACCUGCGAUCUGCGUUUGUUGAGGAGCUGAACAGGGUCGACGAUAGAAAGAUUGCGGCAGAUUUGAUAAGCUGCUUAACUGACGCAGAGCCGUCCAUGUCGCUACUGCUCAACUAUCUGCAAGCCACAAAGUUGGGUGAAACUGAGCUUAUUCUGGCCAUUCGCGCGCUUAUGCUCAGUAUGGACCUGAUACCUGAUACGAGCAAGUUGAACAGCACAAAGCUUCUCAAAGAAGAGUCUCACGAAUCCAACGAGUACGAGAUGGAUCUAGACGACCUAGAGCGCGAAAUUGCUGUUACGGAACAUUACUUGGGCGACGAUUCUAGCAGCCGCUCGCGCGGCCUGACUCUUGCUUUCACCAAACUGUGGCGUCAACCUGCGAUUGCGACAGUCAAGGCUCUCCGUACUACUGUGCGCACGGAAGAGGUGCUGGCCUUUAUCUAUCUACUUCGUAUGGAGCUUGUCCGAGGAGCCUGGACGUCGCUCUACGUCGACACCACGAGCUUUGAGUCGGAAGGCAACGACCCUCCCCCAGAUGGCGUUAUUACGCUGAUUGCGGAUUUGCUCGGCCGUUGCAUGGAUGCCAUUGGCUCUGGGGGCUGGCUGUUCAAUGAUGCCAUGUCGUGGGCGGACAAGGCGGAAACUGGUGACUUUUUGACGGCACUGAGACUAGAGGUGACGGCGGCUCUCGAGGGCAUUGAGGAGGCUGUUCACUUGAACGGAGUGGUGAGCGAGGCUGUGCGGUAUGGGCAAGCGAUGCAGAAGAACGGCGCCGGGCGGCAGGUGGUUCGGAACGGCAACAGCAAGCCGAUGACGAUGCAGCUGGAGAGCCAGGAGUCGCAGGUCCUGCCGUUGGGACUCAAGGUGAAGCAGAUGCCGACCAAGGAAAAAAUUGUGUCGGGUGGUGAGGUGGUGCAACGCAGCGGGCGAGAGACGGGCCACCUGAUCAGUCAAAAAGUAGACGCGUAUUCGCUGGAGAAACUUGUGAUGUAA